AUUAUCCGAAAAAUCUUCGACAAGUCUUUAAAAUCAUCAAGAAAUUCCAUCUGUUCGCCAAGUGAGAAACAAAUAUAUCGAAAAGUCGUCGGACGUCGUUUUAAUCGUCGUAGAAUUAUCAAUUGACAAGACAUUGAGAAACUCACCAUCUGUUUGACGAGUGAAAGAUCAGCGAUCAUCAGACAUCGUGAGUCGCAGAAUUAUUAGAUGAAGAACGUUGGUAGGAGACUGCAUUGUGCACGUUAGAGAAGAUCCCAGUGUUUCUAAGAAUUCUUAAUCAACGUAAAAUGGAAACGGUUGAAAUAUCGAAUAUAUGGUUCGUCUAAGGAGAAACGUAAGGAAAGAGACAUUUGGCAGAGACGAACGUCAGUAUGUUGCACAGUUCGUUGCCACGGGCGUUCCUGGCCCCUGGGUUGAAUUAUCUGGGUUACUACGGUGACGAGAUCCACCAGCAUUCGUACGGCGCGCCUACCAGUUGGCACAUUCCUAUGGAGAAUCCUCCCACCUACUCCAGGGUUCCCGAUCAUCACGUUCUUCAAAACUGGGACUUGUCUAGAUCGUCUACCCCGUGUCCUCUGGACCUGUCUUUGAAACCUCCGCCUACACCGAUCACGCCGAAAACCGAAGAUCUCGUAGAUUCCAAGAAAGAUCAGAGAACGUUGGACGAUGUGCACAAAGAAUUGGAAAACACCGGGUACGGAAGGAACAGCGACGAAACGGGUCCCCUGGUGGUCGACGAUUUCGACACGGUUCCACGAAGUUCCUCGGUACACAGUCAUUCCAGUUACGAGCUACUUUCCAAGAAAGAGCCACUGCAAACUCCGGAACCAACGGUCAAAACCUGCACUUUGGAAGAGGCCACCACCAGACUAGCUCCCUUUGGUUCAAGCUCGAACGAGAUCGCUUCCAAAUAUUACACGCACAAUCAGAAGCUUCUAUUAACCAGUCCUAGUCACCUUCAAUCGGUACAAAGCUAUCACCAGCAGCUUCUUCUAACGCCGCAGCAUCACCUGCAGGGGAUGCAGCACGCUCCCAUGACUCCACCGAGCACACCGUCGCCUCCGCAAUGUCCAAGACGAAAAGUAAGAGAGGAGGACUCGAGUCCAGCCUCGACGACCAGCAACAACAACGUCGCGUCUAGUAGCUCCAGAUCCAGUUCCACCGAGAAGCUUCUUCAGAGACCCAAAAAGAAACACGCUAGAAGAUUGAAAUUCGACGAGGACACCAGUAGCCCGGUGUCGGGUACCGUGAUUUUGGGCCCGGACGAGGCUGUAGUCACCGGAGACAUCGAUCCGGCAUUCAACAUCGUUGAAGUCACCGAGGAGGCGCGAGCGGAGCUAGCUAAGAUCGAGAACAGGCUUGGCCCUUAUCAGUGCAAGCUCUGCAGGCAAUUGCACGAGGACGCGUUCCAGUUGGCACAGCACAGGUGCUCCAGGAUAGCCCACGUCGAGUACAGAUGUCCAGAAUGCGACAAGAGAUUCUCGUGUCCGGCGAAUUUGGCCUCUCACAGACGCUGGCAUAAACCAAGACUGGCUAACGGAGAACAUUCGUCGUCUACCGGGAGUAUUGAGAUAUCGUGCACCAGGUGCGACGCGAAGUUCACCAGGCAAGCAGCGCUGAGGAAACAUCUGGCCAGUCAACAUCCAGAGACCAACAACAACAACAAUCACAACAACAAUAACGUGGUGGUGGAACAAGGAGGAGCUGUUGGUAAGACUGACGUCGUUCAGGUGGUUUCCAAGGGUACGUUGAACACCGAGAUCCCCUGACACCAGUUCCCCGCGAGACCCUUGCCCAGAAGACCAGGACUCUACUGGAGAUUCGGCCUUGAUUUGUAAAGACCGAGUCUCCUAGUGGAGGGCUCUAUUUUUUCGCAAUCUAACGUUUGAGAAUUUUUUUUCAAAUUUUUUACAGUUGUUUGGUUGGAGAUAUGAUAAAGAGCAGUUGAUAUAUUAUCUUUGCAUUCCCCUUUGUUCUUGUUGUCAUAGGGUAUUUUUGGCAUUUUUUAA